GCUUGUUUGUUUUGCGACGCAGCAGCCCCGCCCUUAGUCGUCACUGCUGGCGCGGCUUCGAGCUUCCUGCGCAGGCGUCGUCCUGUCAGAACCGUGUCACCUUGCAGCGUUGGCGUGGUCACCCAAAGACACCCUCGCCCUAGGUCAUUUAUUUAUUCGCUCGUCCAGUCUCUAAAGGGCUUGGCAAACCAGACAUGCACCUGGCUUUUUCAUUCGGCUUCUCGCUCCCGUUCGCCUCAGUGUGCUUCAUCCUUUGUAAAUCCCAGUCAGAAGCCGGAGUAACUGUCCUGGGAUAAGGCGGAACUUUUAACUACCCGCUCAGCGUCCCGUAGUGAGUUCUUGGAUUCUGGAGGUAUUUAAACAAAAAAUGGCGUUUGGCAGUGAUGGCCAGCGAUUCCUAAACUGAAUCCCGUCACAGAUAACCUCCCUUUAGCCCUAAAAAAGUAUAAGAUGACUGGGAGUCUGAUCGGAGAACAAAGUUCCACAAAAACCCGGCUGGCACUUCCUACUGAAAACUGAAAGUGCAAGGAAGGAGUGGCUCCGUUUUCAAAAUAGGUGCCCGACCUGUCUGAGAUGAGCCUUCAGAAUCUUCACCCCGGCUAGUCUGGCAGGCCGUCUGCGAACUUCCUUGUUCCCUUGCAACGGCUCUUUGCCUCGCUGCAUCCCGCUCUGCAAAGACAACUCCACUUCCUAAGGAAAGCAAGUGUCCACUCAGCCACUAAUUCACAAAGCAAAUCCCUGUAGAAAUUCUGCUGUGGUCGGGGCCUGGAAGUCCCAGGAGCAAGAGUCAGUUUGUCACUACUUGGGACCUGUAGGGGAUCCCAUUUCCCAGAAACUUGACUCCCUACUGUGUGCUGUGUUAGUUAGAAGUAAACAAAGACAGUCAAACAUCAUUCAAAAGAGUGUGUCGGGAUCUUCGCUGGGAGUACGACCAGUGAAGUGACUGGGAAGCCAUGGCAGCAGAUGAGAAAGAGGAAAUAAGUGUUGAAGAUGAAGCUGUUGAUAAAAGCAUUUUCAAAAACUGCAGCAACAUUGCUUUUUACAGACGUCAGAAACUCUGGCAGUCCAGGAAGUCCACUUACCGGGCAUCACUAGAAUCAGUCACAACAGGCAAAGACUGCACCAGGUUCCAAAUUAACAGUGAAACAAUGAAGAGUCCUCUCAUAGCUGAACUUUAUGGUAUAGAGGGGAAUAUUUUCAGGCUUAAAAUCAAUGAAGAGACUCCCCUGAAACCUAGGUAUGAAGUUUCUGAUGUCCUCACAAGCAAGCUGAGUACUAUAAGGCUGACUUCAUGUUCAGGGGAUACAGGCAAUCUGGUAUUGGCAGAUGGAAAAGGAGAUCUGAAGUGUCGUGUCUUUGAAAACCCAUUCAAGAUAGACUUUGUGUCUGAAAAAGAGGUUGUGAUCAGCAUAAACUCCCUGGGCCAAUUAUACUUUGAACACCUGCAGAGUCCUCUAAAGCAAAGAGUUACCAAAGAAAAUGAAGAGGAUGCAUCAGCCAAUACCUCUCAGGAAAAUCAAGAAGAUCUAGGCCUAUGGGAAGAGAAAUUUGGGGAAUUUGUGGAUACCAAAGCUAAUGGUCCUACAUCCAUUGGAUUGGAUUUCUCUUUGCAUGGAUUUGAACAUCUCUAUGGGAUCCCACAACAUGCAGAAUCACACCAACUUAAAAAUACUGGUAAUGAAGAUGCUUACCGUCUUUAUAAUCUGGACGUAUAUGGAUAUAAAAUACAUGACAAAAUGGGUAUUUAUGGUUCAGUGCCUUAUCUCCUAGCCCACAAACUAGGCAGGACGUUGGGCAUUUUCUGGCUGAAUGCCUCAGAAACACUAGUGGAAAUCAAUAUGGAGCCUGCAGCAGAGCCCCAGGUAGACCCUGUUGCUGCUAAACAAAAGGUCAGAUCUCGAACUAAUGUACACUGGAUGUCAGAGAGUGGAAUCAUUGAUGUUUUUCUGCUAACAGGACCCACACCUUCUGAUGUCUUCAAGCAGUACUCAUACCUUACAGGAACACAAGCCAUGCCUCCCCUUUUCUCUCUGGGAUACCAUCAGUGCCGCUGGAACUAUGAAGAUGAGCAGGAUGUAAACGCAGUAGAUGCAGGAUUUGAUGAACAUGAUAUUCCUUAUGAUGUCAUGUGGCUGGACAUAGAGCACACCAAUGGCAAAAGGUACUUCACGUGGGAUCAGAAAAGAUUUCCAAACCCCAAGAGGAUGCAAGAACUACUCAGAAGCAAAAAUCGAAAGCUUGUAGUCAUUAGUGACCCCCACAUCAAGGUUGACCCUAACUACUCAGUGUAUGCUAAGGCCAAGGAACAGGGCUUCUUUGUGAGGAAUCAUGAUGGAGGAGACUUUGAAGGGAUAUGCUGGCCUGGUCUCUCCUCUUACCUGGAUUUUACUGAUCCCAAAGUCCGAGAGUGGUAUUCAAGUCUCUUUGCUUUCUCUUUUUAUCAGGGAUCUACUGACGUUCUCUACGUAUGGAAUGACAUGAAUGAGCCCUCUGUUUUUAGAGGACCAGAGCUAACUAUGCAGAAGAAUGCCAUUCAUCAUGGCAAUUGGGAGCACAGAGAACUUCACAACAUCUAUGGUUUUUAUCAGCAAAUGGCCACUGCAGAAGGACUAAUAAAAAGAUCUAAAGGAAGGGAGAGACCUUUUGUUCUUGCACGUUCUUUCUUUGCUGGAUCACAGAAGUAUGGUGCUGUAUGGACAGGGGACAACAGAGCAGAAUGGAGUUACCUGAAAAUUUCCAUCCCAAUGUUACUCACUCUCAGCAUUACUGGGAUCUCUUUUUGUGGAGCUGAUGUAGGUGGCUUCAUUGGGAAUCCAGAGGUUGAGCUGCUAGUGCGUUGGUAUCAGGCUGGAGCCUACCAGCCCUUCUUCCGUGGACAUGCCACAAACAACACUGAGAGGCGGGAACCAUGGCUCUUUGGGCAGGAACCUACUCGGCUCAUCCGAGAAGCCAUCAGAGCUCGCUACACCCUUCUGCCCUACCUGUAUUCUCUGUUCUACCAUGCACAUGUGUCUUCUCAACCUGUCAUGAGGCCUCUGUGGAUAGAGUUCCCUGAUGAAUUAGAAACUUUUGGUGUGGAAGAUGAAUAUAUGCUGGGAAGUGCUCUAUUGGUUCAUCCGGUCACAGAACCAAAAGCCACCAUGGUUGAUGUGCUUCUGCCAGGAUCAGAUGAGGUCUGGUAUGACUCGAAGACAUUUUCUCUUUGGCAAGGCACAUGCACUGUGAAGAUUCCAGUAGCUUUGGACACUAUACCAGUGUUUCAACGAGGAGGAAGUAUAGUGCCAAUAAAGACAACUAUAGGGAAAUCUACAGGCUGCAUGGCAGAUUCUCCGUAUGGACUCCGGGUGGCUCUAAGUCCUAAGGGUUCUGCCAUGGGUGAAUUAUAUCUUGAUGAUGGCCACUCAUUCCAGUACUCCUGUCAGAAUCAGUUCUUGCACAGGAAGUUUUCAUUCCAUUCAGGUCUUUUGAUCAACAGUUGUGCUGACAAAAGGGGUCACUAUCCUAGCAAGUGUGUAGUGGAGCUGAUCUUGAUCCUAGGUCUCAAAAAGCAGCCAUCUUUUGUGACCACCCACUUAUCUGAGAUUAAAGACCAGCCUGUGGAUUUCACAUAUUGUGCCAAAACAUCCACCCUGCGUCUGGAGAACCUUUCACUGAAUAUUGGUGCUGACUGGGAGAUUCACAUCCAGUAAUGAAGCAGCCUGCACCCUCCCCCAUCCCCUGGGUCUGUGACCUGACCAGUAAUAGUCACUGGUUUACUAAUGUGUGAGAGAUUUCACAGUUUUCAGAUUUUACAUCUUCAGUGAACUAUGAAUAUUCUUAGAUGCAAAGAACCCUGAGACAUUUAUAGAGGUCGUGAACCUCCCACUGCUUCUUGGGCCCUGUGCAAACACUGUGCCCCAGUGAGCAGAUUCUCUUUAAACAGGGCUGGAUGGGGAUGGGUUUUGUUGGAGUUUUGGGGGAGUUGUUGUUUGAUUUGGGUUUGGGAUUUUGGUCCAUAUCCCAUGGUACUGGGGGUUUUCUCCUGGAACUGUUCACUCCUAGUGCACGGGGACCUAGUGGUCCCAGGGAUUGAACCCAGGGCUCUGGCAUGAAAAGCAUGUGCUUGGAUAGGCUUGUUUUAUGGGAAAUGUCGCCAAGCCCACUUUUUGGAACUUCACUCAAGCAGAGAGGUAGUCUCCCUGGCUACAAAGAGGGUUGUUCCAGGCCUGUUCCUAUGUGGACAGCAACCUCUAGGCCUAUGACUCCCCACCGCACAUGCAGAGUUAAUUUUACCCACCAAGUGCUUUUUGGCCCACCCAUAUGGGCCUUCUGCCCUUUCUACUUUACCUGCAUUUGCUGCAGCAACAGAUAUUUGUUCUUCCCUAGAGAUUGACUCAGCAGCACAAAGGAAAAAAUGUUUUCCCUGCUCCCCCCAUUUUUUUUAGGAUUCAAAGUUCCAGAUUAAUCUUUUUAAAAAAUUUUUUGGGGGUCACACCAGACAAUACACAGGGGUUACUCCUGGCUUUGCACUCAGGAAUUACUCCUGGCUGUGCUCAGGGGACCAUAUGGGAUGCUAGGAAUCGAACCCAGGUUGGCCAUGUUCAAGGCACACCCUACCUGAUGUACUAUCGCUCCAGCCCCAGUUCCAGAUUAAUCUUAGAAUUCUAAUUUAUUCUUUUUUCAUUGCUUAUAUUAAAUGACAUCUGAUGACCAAAGACUAUUUAUAAGAUGAUUAACAAAGACAGUAACCAUAUCCCCACCACUGAACUUCAUCGAUAGAAUACAGGAGGGCUAGGCCAUGGGACAUGGACCUUAAAUGGUGCCAAAAAUCACAGGAACCAAAAUAAUAAUAAUAAAAUAAUAAUAUUUUAAUAUAAUAUUUUUAAAACUCAGAAGAAAUGAAAAAAUCUAUAAUGAACAAAAUAAUUAGAAUUCCAAGAAGAGACAGCGUCAACAGUACUACCAAAUUACAGCAUUUUGUCUCAGGCUCCAUUAUUCUUAAUGUGGUUUUUAACAUUACAGCAUAGCAGUUCCUCAGGAAGCUCCCUUCUGACCAUCACAAUAUUAGUUGGGGGCAGUUUUGGGUUGAGUACUCUUUAACAUGUACCUUUUUAAAAGUCAGACUCUCUCCACUUAGCAACUAGACAGCUGCCACCUUUGUGCCUUCUAUUCUGGGGGCCACAGUCUCCACCCACCUUCCUUCAUGUAAACAUCACCAUCCUUCCAGUUCCAGCUCAAUUUUCACUUUUUCAUAUGGUCUUUUAACCAUAUUAAUAUCUCCACUCAUUUUGACCCUUGUGCAGUGGUUUUGAUUUUCUUUGAAAUACUCCCUACAUAACAUGCUUGCUUUGCUUAGUAUUCUCAGGGAAAUUCCCUUAAUAUUUCAAAUUUGUCUUUCCUCUUCCUCUACUAGAUUGUAUUCUCUUCAAACAUAUUGUUACAUUCAUCUAAUAGCCCCCUGAGCAUCAUUAUAUGAGCUUUCAGAAACUAUUAGCUGUAAUUGGUUAACUAAUGGACUUGAUUGAAUUAAAAAGUGAGAAAUAAAUGUAUUUUAGACUUGGUUUUCUGAUAUUGUAUACUUCCCUCCAAAUGCAUAAUGUGCAUUUCUUUAUAGACACAUUUUAUUGUAUGAGUUGGAGAUUUGAGCUUUGAACCAUAUACACAUUCAAAGAGAUGUGUAGAUUCUUUGCUCCUAUUUCUUGAAAUUAAAGAAAAAGGAAAAUCCUUUUAAGGUGAAUCAAUUUUCUCGGGCUGGAGCGAAAGCACAGCGGUAGGGCACUCGCCUUUCACGCAGCCAACCCGUGUCCGAUUCCUCCACCCCUCUCAGAGAGCCCGGCAAGCUACCCAGAGUAUCUUGCCCCCACGGCAGAGCCUAGCAAGCUACCCGUGGCAUAUUGGAUAUGCCAAAAACAGUAACAAUAAGUCUCACAAUGAGAGACAUUACUGGUGCCCGCUCGAACAAAUCAAUGAGCAACAGGAUGACAGUGACAAUUUUCUCAGCUUCUAAGUUCUCCUGCUAAUCUAGAAUAAGAUUUAACCUGAAAACUGGGUCCUACCCGCUGUGCUAUUGCUUCAGCCCCCAGGAGUGAUUCUUGAGUGCAGAGCCUGGAGUACUGGUGUGACCCAAAACCAGAAAACAAAACAAAAUAAUAAAUAUAUUUGAAAGAAGGAAUAAAACAAAACUAAUAGAAUAUCUUAAUGAGGAACUUUUCCAUCUUAACUCAGAUCUGUCAUGAAGCAUUUGAUUAGAGACAUUUAAUGGAGAGAUACAAGAUCUAGGUAUUUUUGAUGCUGUUAUUAUUGCCUCUCAUAAUUUACCCACCUCCUAUUUCUGAAUCUCUGUACCAGAGAAGGACAUGUCAAGUUGGUAUGCAGUCGUUCGGUUAUAUUGUAUGUCUUAUUUUCUUAAAGUUUUUUUUGUUUGUUUGUUUGCUUUUGCUUUUUGAGUCACACCUGGCGAUGCACAGUGGAUACUCCUGACUCUGCACUCAGGAAUUACUUCUGGCAGUCGUUGGGGGACCAUAUGGGAUGCUGAGAAUUGAACCUGGGUCAGCCUUGUGCAAGGCAAACAUCCUACCCACUGUGCUGUCGUUCCAGCCCUGGAUUAUUUUCUUAAUGUUUCCCCAGGAAACUGAAUUUUAAGUAAGAAAUUAGAAUCAUUUCAGUAUAGCUUCAAAACUCUGAAAUGAAUUCAUUCUAUGUCAUUCCUUCAAGACUUCAUGACAGGGAAUGAAUUGAAAAAACAGUUUAAAGGCAAACUGACCUCCACCCAUACAUGGACAUACCUUAAUCACAAAAAGACACUGACAUAGAAAUAGUUAAACAGAUAUAAGGACUGAAGCAGAUGCAACUGAAACAUAAAAUAAGCACAAAAGAUGGUCAGCCUCAUUAGUAAUCAAAUAAUUGGAUUUUUUGUUAAUUAAACAUUAAAAAUUAUAUUAUCAAGUGCUAAUAAUGAUAAAAGGAGUAUUAUGCAGGCUCAGUGGGAUUAUAAAUGGAUAUAAUGUUUUAGAAUGACAAUCUAGCAACAGAAUCAACUUAUUUGUUUUACAUACCUUCACCCAGCUUUUAUAAUUAAGAUAAAUGUACAGUAAUAAUUACAGUGUGGUUUAUACUAUAGAAAACUAGAAAUAGACUAAAUAUGAUUUUAAAAGGAUUUAUUAAAUAUAUCAUUUUCAUACAGUGAAAUAUUAUGCUAUCAUUAAAAUAAUUAUAUAACUGUAUUAACAUAAAUCUAUUUCUGAUAACAUAUUUAUUGUGUAACUUUAUUUAAGUAAAAGUUAUAAUUGGGAACCAGAGAGAUAGUACAGCAGUUAAGGUGCUUGACUUACUCAUGGCCAACUAGGGUUUGAUCCUGAGCCUUAUAACCUGGGUAACACUGACCCAUCAAACCCUAUAGCUCUAGGGAAGAGUACAAUUAUGGAAUCUUGUGUGAAGAAUUCCUUCACUUUCUUACUCCUUUCAGAAUCCUAAUGACAAGCAGCAGAGACACAGAACACACAGAUACCUGGAGCACAAACGUUUGUUGCUCCUAAUUGAUCAUCCUAUUUUAAAACCCUCAGAAUAUUAGUAUUUCAUCAGGCAUGAUCAAGCAUUCCACUCUGCUUUUAAGAUUCCCACCUACCUAACCCUCUGCAUGUCAUGUAUAACUCCAGAGGGGGCGCUCAAGACAGAAAUAACUUCUCAGCCUGUGGUGUGUGGGAGGAAAGGCUGAUCACCGACUCCACUUGAUACAGAGUGCUGUGUUAACCACAGACAACAAAGGACAUAUAACUAGAGUCCUAGGUAAAAUAAGAGAGACAUUGCCAUGGGAAAUCAGAUCUGCCUUUCUUAUGAUCAGCCUUGUUAAAAAUCACAGUGUCACCACAGGGCCAGCCAGCAUCAGACAGCUGCUUCUGAGAGUCAUUUCCAAGAGGGUUGGUGGUAUUAGAUUCUUCCCCAGUCAGACAUAGCAGAAAGGAACUAUUUAUGUGCAAGCUUCUAGAGAAUUAAUUCACCAUAAUGGUGUACUGG